AUGCCAUUCUUACAGGAAGGCAUGCCCCUUGUGAAGGAGCCCCCGCCCCCGCCUCUGGGCCCGCUUUCCUGGUUCCUCCCCAGCUUGUUUGCUGCCUUCAAUGUGGUUCUCCUGGUCAUUUUCAGUGGCCUUUUCUUCGCAUUCCCUUGCAGGUGGCUGGCUCAGAAAGGGGAGUGGGCCUUUCCUAUGGUCACAGGGCUCCUCUUCAUCCUCACCUUCUUCAGUCUCAUUUCGCUCAACUUCUCUGACCCUGGUAUCUUACAUCAAGGCUCCAUGGAGCAGAGUCCCAUGAUGGUGCAUGUGGUAUGGGUGAACCACCGAGCAUUCCGCCUGCAGUGGUGCCCAAGGUGCGGCUUCCACCGCCCUCCUCGGACCUACCACUGCCCCUGGUGCAACAUCUGUGUGGAGGACUUUGACCACCAUUGCAAGUGGGUCAAUAACUGCAUCGGACACCGCAACUUCCGCUUUUUCAUGCUGCUGGUCCUGUCCCUCUGCCUCUACUCGGGCGCCCUGCUGGUCACCUGCCUGAUAUUCCUGGUUCGCACCAGCCACCUGCCGUUCUCCAUAGACAAGGCCAUGGCCAUCCUGGUGGCCAUCCCUGCUGCGGGCUUCUUGAUGCCGCUCUUCCUGCUGCUGCUGAUCCAGGCACUGUCAGUGAGCGCGGCUGAGCGCUCCUACGAGGGCAAGUGCAGAUACCUUCAAGGAUACAACCCUUUUGACCAGGGCUGUGUAAGCAACUGGUAUUUAACAAUCUGUGCACCUCUGGGACCCAAGUACAUGUCUAAAGCUGUCUGGCUGCAGAGAGUGGUGGCACCUGAGUGGGUGCCUGUGUCUACCCUGUGUCCCUCUGCACACUGUCCCCCAGUUCUGUCUGGACAACCCCAGCCUCUGGGUCUCUAUGCACCAGGCAAGGGUCCUCCAGGGAGUGGCGAGGCUACAGCUCUCCAGGAGCUCCAUGCCAGCCCAGUGCUGCCCCUGCUACCGGAGGCCCCCAGACGCUGCCCAACCUCUCACUUGCCACUCCGGACCCGAUGCCAGGAGCACCGGCACUUGAACCUCACCUCCUGA